UUCCGCGUCAAGUUCGUGGCUCAAGUUUUCUUUCCUCUUUUUGUUUGUAGCGGAGGAACUGUGGCGUGCACUCACAAUGACAGAGAAAGCGACGGACUUUUUAUCAUGCAGCUUUUCCACUGAUGUCCAGUUUCCUGUUGCUCACCACCGACACCUUUUUGAGUUACUUUAGAUGCUUCUCAAAACAUUUCCGUUAUGCGAAGUCCAACUUGUUGGUUAGUCGUCGUGCUGCGGUGGGUGCCCAUCCGAGAUAACGGAGAACCAGUGAUUCUCAGCCGGUCUGGUUAGUGCAAUGAAUGGUAACACUAUCCAUCCAGCCAACACCACCACAACAGCAGGAGAGGGCCCAGGCGUGGCAGCGCCCCCCAGAGGCUGGAGGGAAUUCUGCGAGCUUCACGCCAUCGCCACAGCCCGGCAGCUGGCUGGACAUUACCGGAGUUUUGCCAGAGAGCGAGCACAACAUGACGUCCUCCCACCAGAAAACUUCUCCAAGCAGUUCACCGACCUCUUCCAGCAACACUUCUGCUGUGAGGUCGACAAAGAUGGCACUCCACUCUGCCAGAACCCAUGCUCCACUGGUACUGGCAGUGCCCCGACCACCACUCCAGUGCCCCCUCCCCUUUCAUCACAAAGUGUGAUCGGUCGAUUACGGAUCACAUCCGGGGUGCAGGACUACAGAGAAGCAGGUCGGCCGAGUGUUGGAGCGGCUCUCUUCACUGUGGUGUCACCAAAAGUGGAUCCACUGGUGGUGGGUCGGGAACAGGAGCAGCCGCUGCGAUGUGCCACGGGAAACUCGUUAUCAGGUAACCCAGUGGUGCUCAGAGAGUCGACUCGUAGCAUCGGCAGCGGGUCGUUGCUGAUUCGUAGCCAUAGCAGCGAGGAGAUCUCUGCCACUGAUCAUCGUCCGGUAUCCGAACGUUACUCCUCUGACUCCUCAACCUCCAACCCUGCACACGCUGACGUCACACAUUUCUCUGUCAGCCAAAUCCGGCAUACAGUGAGACGGCUUCUCAAGAAACGGCCCAGCACCCCCCCAUCCCAAGACCUGUCUCCUAGCAAUCCCAGCACCAACACCCUUGCAAUUAAUGGUGACAGAGUAAAUGGGAUUUCUUCUACCAAUGAGGAAGGGUCCUCCUCCUCCUCAUCCCACUCUUCCUCUUGUCUGAACUCUGAAGCCACGCCGCUGGCCUCUUCACACAUGACUAAGGCCGGAGUGGCCUCUAACUUCCUGGAUCGCUUCCUGUGGUUUCGCGUUGGCAGCAUGAGGCAGAGGAGGUCAGAGGAGAGCGGCUGCUGUAAGGCGGGUCAGAUGAGGUACCUGCUGGUGGAGGACAAUAUGUCAGACACUCAGCCCCGCUGGCAACGCUGCCGCCUGCUGGUCAGGAGGAUCAGGGACGCUCAAGAUGCAGGAGGAGGAGGAAGAGGAAGAGGAGGAGGGGAGAGGUACCAGUUGGAGCUCUAUGAUCCUCCAAAGGCCUCCAGUCCCAAGCUGACGACUCACUGCUCAGAUAUCCAAGAAGUCCGUCGUUGCAACCGGCUGGAGAUGCCUGACAACUUAAACACAUUUGUUUUAAAGGUUAAUCAAGGUAGUCUGAUAUUUGAGACGGACAACGACCAGCAGGUCAGCUCCUGGACCACAGAGCUAAAGGAAUGUAUCAGCAACAGGUCAGGCAGUGUGGAUUUGGAGCCUCUCGCCCCCCCAGCGGACAGCUCGGCUCCAGCCAGUCACAGAGGGAGCUCAGAGUUAGGGAGUCAAAGCCCCGUCACCUUCGGCUUGCCUGAGCAGGUCGUACAGAAGGCUGACCACUUCUUGUUCUCCUACCCAUGGUUCCACGGGCCCAUCUCCCGGGUCAAGGCCGCCCACCUGGUUCAGAGCUCUGGACCGGAUGGACACGGGGUGUUUCUGGUCCGGCAGAGUGAGACACGAAGAGGAGACUACGUCCUCACGUUCAACUACCAGGGGAAGGCUAAGCACCUGCGCCUCUCGCUGACAGAGUGGGGUCAGUGCAGGGUCCAGCACCUGCGCUUCCCCUCUGUGAUGGAUAUGCUCAGUCACUUCCGCCUCUUUCCUAUCCCGCUGGAGUGCGGAGCCGCCGGCGCCGUCACUCUGUCCAGCUUCGUAGUGGCGGGCUCCAGCCCACCAUCACAGGGUCAGCUCUCCGGCGCUCUCCUCGUCCCGUUCUCCCUGCACCGCUGGAGCUCUGAGCCCAGCCUGGCUCACUGCAGCCAGCCCCGCUCCUCCUGCUCCACCAGCACCACCUCCAGCCCCAGGUCUGCUUCCCAGCCAGGGGGCCGCCCCUUCACCCGCAUCAACCCCGCCCCGGACCCUCCUCUGACAGCCCCGGCUCCACUUCUUCGAAGUGAAUCUGUGGGGAGGAGACCCCUGCUCCGCCACCCGAACCCCCACCUCCCUCAGCGGGACUCAGACUACGAGCUGGAGCCAGAGCGAGGGCGCAAGCGGGCAAUAGACAACCAGUACAUGUUGCUCUGACCCGCCAACAGCCCCACCGCUAUGACCAACAGCGCUACCCGUGAAGCCGACGUGUUCUUACACACACAUCUUAUCACCCCCACCCGGCUGCAGGUGGCUGUGUGAGACUCUCAGAGACCGCAGGAUGCUAACAUGAUCACACCAGACUCUUUGCUGAGCUUCAAGACUAAGUCGAAACACACACACACACACACACACACACACACACACACACACACACACACACACACACACACACACACACACACACACAAACAUACACACACACACACACACACACACACACACACACACACACACACACACACACACACACACACACACACACACACACACACACACUAGGGCUGUGCUGGCAGUGUGUUUACCAGUGUCCGACCCCCACAGCCUCCACCCAGAGUGUCCACAGUGAAUGUAUUUUUGGGAGUUUUAUAAAAGUGCUGAGUAUGAUGAUUAUUCUCGUUUUUCUUGAUGUUGAGGUUCAGUGUGAGAGUGGGGGGGGGGGGCCACAUGUGUAGCUGUCCCAUCUUCACACACACACAGCCUCGUGUGGCGGAAACUCUCACCAUUGAAUACAAACACAGCAUUGAGAAAGCACUCAUUUCGGAGUGCCUACAUGUUACAUUAGAUAGUCCUCUUUUUGCGCUUUAUUACAUAUUUUAGUGCACAAUGCUUUCAGUGCACUUCGACAACAAUGUGUAUUUUGUAUACACAGACUAUUUUAUAGAAAAACUUAAAAAAGACAUUCAAAAGGGGAAAGGUCAGGUGGGAAGCUGUUACUCUGAAGUGAUCUGCUUCCAUCCUUUCAGCCCGUCGCUGAAGCAAAGACGGAGAACCAGGAAUUAUUCUACAUCAGCAGAGCAGCGAGAUGCUGUGUGUGUGCGUUCUGUUCGUGUGAGAAGAGUCAAAGUGUCCGUCAGCACUGAUCUCAGUCUGGUACAAUACUCACCCUGGAGUCUGUCACCAUACACACUGCUAGGUUUGCCAAAAUAAUAUCUGUAGUGUCAUAUGUUUCAUUUCCAGCACCGAAGACCUUGUGUACGCAGCAUCAUCGUUGGAGUAAGCACAAAGUGUCUCAUAGAAAUAAGUCCUGCCACAACAAUCUGAGUAAAUUUAAUGAUAUAAAUACAAUAAUAUAAUUUAUAUAUUUGUUUCUAUACCCCUGUAUUCAUUUGAUGAACUUUUAUGAUAUUUUCUACCGUGAUGAGAGAAGAGCCAUCAGGAGAAAAGACGAGUGACCCAUCUCUGUCUCUGAUUCCUCUAUUCUCCUGAAGGCAACACGAUGCGGCCAAAAUAUUAUAAUAAUAUUGUAAGGUAUUAUUUGGCACAACACACACUCCACUCUUACUCAAAAUAUAUUUAAUUAAAAGCGUUACAAAUUAGAAAUGACACAAUUUUUGUACCAUAACAAUGUCGAUCCAUUUUAUUUAUUUUUUGGCACAAUAAGUACUCUUAUUUAUCAAACCGUCUCUCCAAAAUGAGCCUUGGCACUCCCAAGGUAUCUUGUUUUUGGAAAAUAAAACAUCAACUUGCAAAGCUUCACUCCAAAGAGCGUGAGAGGGGGAAACACUCCGCAAGAUCAAAACAAAGAAGGAAUUCCCCAUCAUCAGAGCCCAUUUGUAUCAAAUUAUUCCCAUAUUCAGAACAAAGCAAACAGACUGCAGGUCAGAACAAAUCUCAGCUAACAGGGUUGUUAACCUCACAUCAGAGCCUUAAAGGGCUCCUGAGAGCAAGCUAACACGAUGCAGCUCUGUAGAGCGCCUCUGUAGAUAUUAACAUUUAUUUUCUUACAACUUUUUAACGCAGACCUUUUCUUUUGGGGGAGUUUCCAACUCUAUUUUUUACACUCAUAGCAUUAAAUAUUUUUCUUAGUAUUUCUAUGUACAAGUUCAGAACAGCAGCUGAUGGAAAAAGGAAGGCGGAUGAACACGAUAUUUUUAUACUGGUUUUAAUAAAACAUGGUUUUAAGUGAGAGACUUUGUGAGGGAGGUUAAGUUUCAGCUCAGGUGUGAAUUGUAUUGUCAUGAGCUGACAUACUACAUUUGUUACAUAAAGGAAUCCAGAGGAGAAUGUCAUUACCAAAGCAAACCAUUUAUUUUUCUAGUGACCAGUUGGUUUAUCUCAAAGUGUUUCUGUCUUUGGCCACACUAGAUUAGUUUCAGUCACCUGUGAUCCUUGUCUCUCCUCUCAAAAAACACCAAAUAUCCCAUAAACAGUGAGUCACAUAAAAGCAGCCGUUUUGACACCAAUAAUGUUCUGUAAUUUAGUUUCAAUACCUGAAGCUUCUCUUCCUUUAGCGACGGGAUGCUUUAGGGAAAUACUUUGACAGGACUAGUUUUCUAACCUUGCUUUAACACUAACUUUAGUAGUUGUUUAAGAUUUACCUUCUGUAAACUUAUGCUUAACGUGUAGAUAAGAACCAUUUGGGUCUAUCCCACAGCCCCUUCUCAGUGUAGUCUCCUUUUUGUAAACAAAGAGAAAUGCCUAAAUGCAACCAAAUUUCCUCAUGAACACGACCACCGUAAGUCCGCUAUGAUGUCUCUUCUCGUUACACAAAAGGUCAGCUUUGUCUACCAAAGGAUAAUUUUGGCAAUGGUUUUGUAUUUCUCUUACGUGUUUCAUCUUGAUCAAGACUGACAUCUUUUAAGUGUUUAUAAGGGGAACAAAAACAAGGAUGUUUUUGGCAAAAGUACGGUUGAUCUUCCUGCCUCUAUGUGCCCGAGUCUAAACAAGUCCCUCAUCACCUCUCUGUUUUAUCUCUGAUAAAGGAAAGCAACGGUAACAAUAACUAUUUUGACUAUCAGUCCCCUCUAUUUGCUGAUAUUUUCUUAUUCUAAGGGAGAAUGACUGUGCCUUUGCCAGAAAGCUGCUGUUGCUUUUCCCCUUUUCUGAAAGCUCAGGGUGUGAUGUGGCGCAGAACUUGUGUAGUGCAAUAUCUGAGAGAUGCCCGAUGUUUCACACCUUUGUAUGUAUGAAAGACGAGAUCAGAGAUGACUGGAUUAAGAAUUCAAUGUUUUCACCUGCUUAUAGACUGAGGAAAACAUAGCAGAUAAAUGCCAAAGUCCCAGAAAAAUGCUAUAUUUAAAACCGGGGCUACUGCAUGUUUCUGCCGUUGGCUUUUCCUUUUGUGUCAUGGUUUAAUUCAAUUUGUCUGCAAGAAUCGAGUUAAAAUAAUCAUGGUGUACCUCAGGUGUCUUUAAUCCUCAACAUGCGCUCCAGCAACACCUUUACUCUCCCCGGUGUUUGUUUUAAAAUGUCCAGUUGUGUCCUCAAUACUGUUCAUCCUGUUUGUUAACUCAGCACUGUAAACAUUCCAGCCCUAAAGCCCCUCCACAGCCACAACAGCUUCUCUGUCAAUGUGUUUGCAUCCCUUUCAGUUAUAAGCAUCUAAAUUAUAUUAAAUAUAUAUAUAUAUCAACUGUAUAUUUGACUUUUUGUAAAAUAAACCUAACCAUAAAAACACA